AAUUAUAAUUUCGAAACCAAUCCUAAGAUCCUAUGAAUGAAUCCUACGACCGAAGACCCACCACGCGCCCUUGACCACACCAAAGGAUUCAUUCAUAACCAUCACAUUCAUCACUCUCGUCUUCAUUUCCUCACCCUUGUUUUGUUUUUUUGUGUUUUUAUUUUUGCUCUGUUUCACUUCUUUUAGGGUUUCAAAGUCUCCCAUUCAUUCUUCCUUUCCAAUUGAAACCCUUCUUUCAUUCCCAACUCGAUUUCCUCACCUCGAUUCCCAGUAUUCUCGCUUUCGAUUUCUGGUUACGCGAUUGCUUUCUCAUGCUGCGCCAAUUUCGAUUUCUUUGCCGUUUGCGAGGGCUGGAAUCGCUUCUGGAUAGCUGCCAAUAGCUUUUCUCUGUUUCGUCUCCUUAUCGCGAAAGAGGAGGUGCAGCUGUGGAAGUGUUUCCAGGUUCAGUAGACAGUGCUUCGUGCGGAUUAUGAUUUGAAGUAACCCUAGACUGGCCUGUAGGUUCGUGGUUUUUGGUGAUUCUUUUGGGAGUGUGAUUACUAGAGAGUUUUGAUUUUUUUUUGGGGGUGAUUGGAGAAGGGGAUGGAGAAUGGUCACGAUGGGAAAUUAGCCGAGAAAUUCUCCGGCUUGAGUGUUAACCAGCACGGUCAACAACAAGUUCAUGAUCAAUCUAACCUCUCUUCUAACAACAAUGAUAACUUGUAUCAGGUCAUGAAGGCUGUUGAAGCUGCCGAGGCAACUAUAAAGCAACAGGUAGAAGAGAAUGACCGGCUUAAGUCUGAACUUCUGAGUAAAGUUAAGGAAUUAGAAAAAUAUAGGAAAAAAGAAUCAGUGGAGCAAAAUUCAGAUUUGGUUGCUCCAUGGAAGGAUCGGGAUCACAGAUCUUAUGAAGCUCAUCAAUCAGGUCCUUCUAUAGCCAGAGGCAAUACGGGUGACCAUUCUGAUAGCAAUCAAAUAAAUGGAACAUUGAGAGUGCAGCCAAAUGACCAGUUGCCUCCGGAUAAUAUAGGCUACUCUCAGUUGUCUUCACCAUCUACAAGGUCAGUGUCUCCAAGCAGGCAUCUACUGGAAAGAGAUCAUGAUCCUAGAUUUAAUUCACCUCAGCAUGGUUUGAUGCCUGUGGCUGAAGCAAAUAAUAAAAAUAAUAGCUUAUUGAAGCAGAUUCAGGAACAUGAAGAAGAGAUCAUCCUAUUAAGGAAACAUCUUGCAGAUUAUUCUGUAAAGGAAGCACAAAUACGCAAUGAAAAAUAUCUCUUGGAAAAACGCAUUGCAUAUAUGCGUCUGGCCUUUGAUCAACAGCAACAGGACCUUGUAGAUGCUGCAUCAAAAGCUUUGUCAUACCGACAAGACAUUAUUGAAGAAAAUAUACGUCUUACAUAUGCAUUGCAGGAUGCACAACAAGAAAGAUCAACAUUUGUUUCGUCUUUGCUUCCACUUCUUGCAGAAUACUCUCUGCAGCCACCUGUUCCUGAUGCACAAUCCAUUGUUAGCAAUGUCAAGGUUUUGUUUAAACAUUUGCAGGAAAAACUUCUUCUAACAGAGUCAAAGCUAAAGGAGUCGCAGUAUCAAUUGACACCUUGGCGUUCAGAUACAAACCAUGCUAAUGUUGCCACACAAUCACACUCGAUUGGUGCACCUUUGGCAAAUUCUAAUAAAAACAGCCUUGAACUGGUACCCCAGCAUAUGUAUUCUCAAGUAAAGCCUCAGGUCUCUGUUGAUGCUCAGGCAGGCACUGAUUGGGAUCUAUUGGGUCGCCAUCAGAAUGGCUUCAGUGGUGGUGUGGCAACAAGUGUUGAUGCUGAUGAUUUGGGGAGAUAUUCACCUCUUGCAAGCAGGAAUUUAUCGGCCCAUGACACACCCACCCACCUGGUGGUUACUCAGGGUGAUACCCAUCCUGCACAGUAUGGAGAGGAAAUGACUAACAAACAGGUCACAUUUCGUGACCCUGUGAGCAACACUGAAGUUGAUGAUCCUGAUGGAGAUGGAACUCAUAGUGAGAGAGAAACACCUGCUAAUUGGAGUUCUGGCAACACUCCUUAUACAACCACUGUUGAUGAUCCCGGUUCUUCAUAUUCUCCUUAUUUACCACCAGUUCUUGAAGAACCUUCUUCUUCUUUUUCUGAGGCUGCAGAUGAAGAUCCACUGCCUGCUAUAGAGGGACUUCAAAUUUCAGGCGAAGCCUUUCCUGGAAGGGAACUUCAGGCAUGUGGAUACUCCAUCAAUGGCACUACAAGUUGUAAUUUUGAGUGGAUUCGGCAUUUGGAAGAUGGUUCCUUUAAUUAUAUUGAUGGGGCGAAGCAACCUGCCUAUCAUGUCAAUGCUGAUGAUGUUGGCACAUUGCUUGCCAUUGAAGUCCAACCCCUGGAUAACAGGAAGCGCAAGGGAGAACCUGUAAAGGUUUUUGCCAAUGAUAGCAAAAAGAUCGUUUGUGAUCCUGAAAUGCAGAACCACAUAGAAAAGGCUUUUUAUAGUGGACAUGCUUCAUAUAGAGUUUCUCAUUCGACUGGAUAUCUUGAUAUAUGGGAACCAGCCACAUUGGCCAUUAAGAGGGAAGGUUACAGUAUCAAAUGCAGUGGACCAAAUGGAGUUGCCAUCACAGAAAAAUUUUCACCGUCCACCCAAGUUGUGAUUCCAUAUGGACACGCAUCAGAAUUCAUUAUUAUUGGUUCCAGUGGUUCUGAACACCUUUUAAAAGCAGAAAACAACUCCACAGAGAUCAGUGGUGCAAGAGACACUAUUGUGCUCACUUUGAGAUUAUUCAUCCUGAGGAGGCCUGGAGAGAAAAGGAGAGUAAAGAAAAAGGGAUUAUUCUUCUGAGAGGGAACAUGAGGCGGUUGGCAGAAAAACUCCGGACAGAGAUGGGGAUCGGGAGUUGUGUUUUGUGUGCUACCUAAAGUUUUGCUCCUUUUCAUAUUCUAUAAUAGGGCAGAAUUAGCUUGAGCUGUAAUUGUGAAUUUAUGCAAUCAUUUUUUCUUUUGUUCAAUAUUUAGCAAUUCUUUUUUA